AUGGCGGCUUUCUGUUCUGCUGAUUUCGGCGGAAGCGGUGGAGGUGGAGGCGGUUCAUACUCACCCCCAAUACGUGGCGGCGGAGGAGCCGGAGGCGGAUGUGGUGUAACCGGAGGACAUUGUGGAGGUGGAGGCGGUGGUGGAGGUGGAGGCGGAGGUGGAGGAGUAACAUACAGUGCGCCUUCAGGUGGAGGCGGCAGAGGGGGAGGAGGCGGUGGCCGAGGAGGCGGUGGCCGAGGAGGUGGUGGCCGAGGAGGCGGUGGCCGAGGAGGAGGUGGUGGCUCAACAUACGUCGCACCUUCAAGUGGCAGCGGCGGCAGAGGUGGUGGCGGAUUUGGAGGUGGUUCCAGCGUGUCCUUUGGUAACAGUGGAUUUGGAGCUGGCUUUGGCAGUGGUGGAUCCUCUAGUAUCAGCUACGGUGGAUCAUCUGGUGGUGGCAGAGGUGGGUCCUCUGGUGGUGGUGGAUUCGGAGGCAGUUUUGGUGGCAGUCGAGGCGGAUUUGGAGGUGGAUCUGGUGGUGGUCGCGGUGGAUCCUCAAGUACCAGCUACGGCGGAUCAUCUGGUGGUGGCAGAGGUGGGUCCUCUGGUGGUGGUGGAUUCGGAGGCAGUUUUGGUGGCAGUCGAGGCGGAUUUGGAGGUGGAUCUGGAGGUGGUCGCGGCGGAUCCUCGAGCGUUAGCUAUGGUGGAUCAUCUGGUGGGAGCAGAGGUGGAUUUGGAAGUGGUUCUGGAGGUAGUCGAAGUGGAUCUGGAGGUGGUCGCGGUGGAUCCUCUAGUACCAGCUACGGUGGAUCAUCUGGUGGUGGUGGAUUCGGAGGCAGUUUUGGUGGCAGUCGAGGCGGAUUUGGAGGUGGAUCUGGAGGUGGUCGCGGCGGAUCCUCGAGCGUUAGCUAUGGUGGAUCAUCUGGUGGGAGCAGAGGUGGAUUUGGAAGUGGUUCUGGAGGUAGUCGAAGUGGAUCUGGAGGUGGUCGCGGUGGAUCCUCUAGUACCAGCUAUGGUGGAUCAUCUGGUGGUGGUGGAUUCGGAGGCAGUUUUGGUGGCAGUCGAGGCGGAUUUGGAGGUGGAUCUGGAGGUGGUCGCGGUGGAUCCUCGAGCGUUAGCUAUGGUGGAUCAUCUGGUGGGAGCAGAGGUGGAUUUGGAAGUGGUUCUGGAGGUAGUCGUAGUGGAUCUGGAGGUGGUCGCGGUGGAUCCUCUAGUACCAGCUACGGUGGAUCAUCUGGUGGUGGCAGAGGUGGGUCAUCUGGUGGUGGCGGAUUUGGAGGUGGUUCCAGCGUGUCCUUUGGUAACAGUGGAUUUGGAGCUGGCUUUGGCAGUGGUGGAUCCUCUAGUAUCAGCUACGGUGGAUCAUCUGGUGGUGGCAGAGGUGGGUCCUCUGGUGGUGGUGGAUUCGGAGGCAGUUUUGGUGGCAGUCGAGGCGGAUUUGGAGGUGGAUCUGGUGGUGGUCGCGGUGGAUCCUCAAGUACCAGCUACGGCGGAUCAUCUGGUGGUGGCAGAGGUGGGUCCUCUGGUGGUGGUGGAUUCGGAGGCAGUUUUGGUGGCAGUCGAGGCGGAUUUGGAGGUGGAUCUGGAGGUGGUCGCGGUGGAUCCUCAAGUACCAGCUACGGCGGAUCAUCUGGUGGUGGCAGAGGUGGGUCCUCUGGUGGUGGUGGAUUCGGAGGCAGUUUUGGUGGCAGUCGAGGCGGAUUUGGAGGUGGAUCUGGAGGUGGUCGCGGUGGAUCCUCAAGUACCAGCUACGGCGGAUCAUCUGGUGGUGGCAGAGGUGGGUCCUCUGGUGGUGGUGGAUUCGGAGGCAGUUUUGGUGGCAGUCGAGGCGGAUUUGGAGGUGGAUCUGGAGGUGGUCGCGGCGGAUCCUCGAGCGUUAGCUAUGGUGGAUCAUCUGGUGGGAGCAGAGGUGGAUUUGGAAGUGGUUCUGGAGGUAGUCGAAGUGGAUCUGGAGGUGGUCGCGGUGGAUCCUCUAGUACCAGCUACGGUGGAUCAUCUGGUGGUGGUGGAUUCGGAGGCAGUUUUGGUGGCAGUCGAGGCGGAUUUGGAGGUGGAUCUGGAGGUGGUCGCGGUGGAUCCUCGAGCGUUAGCUAUGGUGGAUCAUCUGGUGGGAGCAGAGGUGGAUUUGGAAGUGGUUCUGGAGGUAGUCGUAGUGGAUCUGGAGGUGGUCGCGGUGGAUCCUCUAGUACCAGCUACGGUGGAUCAUCUGGUGGUGGCAGAGGUGGGUCAUCUGGUGGUGGCGGAUUUGGAAGUGGAAGAUCAUCCGGAAGUAGCGGUGGCUAUGGAAAGUAAACAGGCCAGGUUGAGAAGCGCACUGAACGUUCUUCUCGGCGUCCUAAAGCACAACACUGUUUAUGUCUUCUUCUAAACAAAGAUCUUGUUGCUGUAAACACACAGAGAGAUAUAUAAAGCUAGGUAUAAGGCCAUCAUGUUUCAUUAUUUAUAAGUGCACAUGGACAUUGUGUUUAUUAUUAUUUAUGUGUGACUGGGAACUUAAUAAAGCAAAUUAAAUGUUAA